GACGGUAGUUGUACGUGUGGUAAACCACUUCACCGGUGCUACAGUGUGAUGGUCCGACUGGCUUUCUUGUCCCUUUAAUAUGAAACCAAAUCACAGGAGAAACUGUCGUGUUUAAUAAUUAAUCUCUGUCAGUGUACUGAGGAAUUGUAUCGUGUGACAGUGAAGCUUAAACGGUGGUGAAGAGGGAGAGAAAAAGGCAUACUACUAUUCUUUCAGGGAGGGGGGUCAGUCACUGCACGGUAACUUAGCGGUCUGUUCUAUUUUCCUGAGCAGAAAGUGUCUGUGUAGCGAUGUUAGGUGCAUUAAAGAGGACCGUGCGUCCCGCGCUGCAGCAGGCUCAGCUGCUGUCUGCUCUCAGACACACACACACACCAUGGACACAUAAGACGCAGGUCCGCGCCUGUGCUGCGACCUCUGCAACUCUUCACCUGCACCAGGACUCUCUCGAGCUCAACUAUGCGGGGACACAGAUGCAUUUUAACUACGUGUGGCUGCGGGAUCACUGCCGCUCCGUGUCGUCAUACAACUCCCAAACUAACCAAAGAAUCCUGGACACUGGCAGUAUAGACCUCAACAUCCGCCCGGACCGUACGGCAGUGGAAGAUGGCCAUCUCGUCCUCUCAUGGCCUGGUGGUCAUGUGUCAAAGUACAGUCUCAAUUGGCUAGCUGAGAACAGUUAUGAAGGAAAGAAGCAGAGCACUGUCCAGCCACGCAUCUUUUGGAACUCAGACAUCUACAAAAGUGCAAACAUACCAUCAGCCAAAUGGGACACAUUUAUGAGUUGUGAUGAUGAAGUGAAGAAGUUCCUCCAGAACUAUCUUCUGUACGGGAUCGCUUUCGUAGAUGAUGUCCCAGCUACAGUGGAGGCCACAGAGGCAGUUACCCAGAGGGUCAGUCUUAUCAGGGAGACCACAUAUGGAAGGACGUGGUGCUUUACUUCAGAUUUUUCCAGAGGAGACACUGCCUACAGCCAGCUGGCCCUGGAUCGUCACACUGACACCUCAUACUUUCAGGAACCAUGUGGAAUACAGGUUUUCCACUGCCUAAAGCAUGAAGGAACCGGGGGAAGGACACUACUUGUGGAUGGGUUCUAUGCUGCUGAAACAUUACGCCAGCGGUCACCUGAACAUUUUGAGCUGCUUUCCCGUGUGCCCAUUAGGCACGAGUACAUUGAAAACACUGACAACCAUAGAAACCACAUGACUGGCAUUGGCCCUGUGGUUAACGUCUAUCCUUGGAACAAUGAAAUUUACCUCAUCCGGUACAACAACUAUGAUCGAUCAGUGAUAAACACAAUCCCCCAUGGUGUUGUUCAGCAAUGGUAUGUGGCACAUCGAGAGCUGACAACAGAACUACGGCGACCAGAGAAUGAGCUAUGGGUGAAACUGUCUCCAGGGAAGGUGAUUUUCAUAGACAACUGGCGUGUCAUGCAUGGGAGGGAGUCAUUCACCGGCUUGAGACAACUCUGUGGAUGUUAUUUGACCAGAGACGAUGUCCUUAGCACUGCGCGUUGCUUUGGUUUACAAGCCUGAUCAUGGCUUUGAAAGAUGCUUCACUUCUGUGCCUUACUGCUUAGGUUUACUUAAAUCUGCACUGAAAGUCUUCUUCAAUCAGAACAAUCAAACAGCUUCACUACUGAGACACACCACAUUUUACUCAUCCUUGGUCAUUGCUGAUGAUGUUUGUUGUUUAUGUAUCAUUUUAAAUAGCUUGCUACCAUUGAACUCAUGUAAUCAUACAGUAUGAUCAUAUGAAAUGAUAAAAGGAGAAUGGGAUUGCACAAAA